GUUAUAUUCAAGUAUUUCUUGACAAUUGAAAUUUGACCACGAUUUUAACUGUAAUUCAAAUUUCUGUGUCAAUAUUGCUUCAAUUUUUUAAUAUUUCUUAUAAAGGAAUAUAGUGUUUUUAGGCUCCAAACGCUUUUAUAGACUUUUCGGUUUCUCAUAACUAAUCAUGCGCAGUAGCAGCCAUUCAUCAGCUGUUCAAUACAAUAUGGAAGUGUCGUAUGUUUGUGUUUAGGUAUCUACAAGGUCAGUCUUUGUGAAAGAGUACUCGUAUUUCGUGGAAAAAACGAGCAAAAACCCUGUUAAAAGUAUUACCUAAGUGCCAUUAAGUGUUAAAUUUGAAGUGUACUUGUUUCAUCGGACUCAUGAAUAGCACAAAUACCUCCGACUCAAUUGGAUCGAAAAACUAUUUUGUAAAUUUCAACCAGGAUAGCACGUCACUAGAGGUCGGAUGUAGAACAGGUUACCGACUCUACUCCUUGAGCAACGUCGAGGAGCUCGACCAAAUCUACAGCAAUGGCUGUGAAGACUGUUGUAUAGUGGAACGGUUGUUUAGUAGCAGCCUGGUGGCAGUCGUCUGCUUGACCUCACCCAGAAAACUCAAGGUGUGCCAUUUCAAGAAGGGCACCGAAAUAUGCAACUACUCGUAUUCUAACACAAUUUUGGCUGUUAAACUUAACAGAUCACGGCUGGUAGUAUGUCUGGAAGAGAGUCUCCACAUCCACAACAUCAGGGACAUGAAGGUCCUACAUACCAUUCGGGAUACACCGCCAAAUCCUCAAGGAUUAUGCGCAUUGACCGUAAACAGCGGGGACUGCUACCUCGCGUAUCCUGGCUCUUCCACCAUUGGUGAAGUUCAAAUAUUUGAUGCCAUAAAUUUGCACGCCAAAACCAUGAUACAUGCUCACGACAGCCCUCUGGCGGCGCUGGCGUUCAGCCCCAACGGGCAACGGAUCGCGACUGCCUCCGAAAAGGGCACUGUUAUUAGGGUGUUCAGCACGACGGACGCUUCCAAGCUGUACGAAUUUCGGCGGGGUAUGAAACGCUGUGUCGCCAUCUCGUGUCUGGCGUUUGCACCGUGCGGACAGUUCCUAGGGUGCAGCAGCAAUACGGAGACGGUGCAUGUGUUUAAGUUGGAGGAACCAAAAGACAGCCCUAGAAGAAGUAUGGACGAAGCCAGUUGGAUGGGAUAUCUAACUAACUACCUGCCUAGCCAAGUUACGGACGUCUUCAACCAGGGCCGUGCUUUUGCUAUUGCCCACCUGCAUUUCAGUGGUGUGCGAAGUGUUAUUUCUAUUGCUGUCAUCCAGCAGCAACUGAGACUGCUCGUAGCAACUGAAGACGGUUUCCUGUACGUCUACAACAUAGAUCCUAAUGAAGGCGGUGACCUAAUGCUAGCUCAUACACACAAGUUGGACGGCAUGCCCACCGAUGUUCGCGUCAAAGGUACUGACAAACCGGAUGGUGCGCACUCCGCACCUCAACCCAUCGAAGGAGCUUGGCGACCGUGGACGCAAGGGUAUAUUGUGUAUUAGGACAUUUAGACAAAAAAAAACCUUCGUGUGUUAGUUACGUAGAUAGCUGACCACAAAAUUGGAAUCAUAUGUUAACGAUCACAAGUUGAAGCUGGUAAAUGAUAGAUGUAGCUGGCGGUCGCCCCUUUGCUGCACCUACUUGGGGUUAAACGGAUAUUUAGGAACUUGGAAACAUUAAAUUUUCCGUUUUUACCAUUGUUUUUCGGGGUUGAAAAUGGCAUGUCUAGCACUUGAAAAAUUGAAUCGCAUAUAUCUCGAAAAUUAUCUACUUUAGAGAAAAAAUCCAUUAGUGCCUUUUUGUUCAUAGCGAUCCAAAUAAACCCAAAAGAAACUUUGUGUGGAGCACAAAAACCUUUUUUGGAAUUUGUUUAAAAAAAUGUUUCAACAAUUUUCGGAACAUUUUUAGGCCUGACUACCUGCAGAUUCGUUAAAAAGGGUCAGAUUUACCCUGUACAAUCGAUACCCAAAACCGAUACAAACGUUAAGAGUGUUUUUCUCAGAAACUGAUAGUCUUGUCGGUAUCAAAAAAGAUUUCGUUUCGUCAGCUUAAAGUGCAGGCUAUCGUUAAGCCGUUAUUAUACAGGGUUUAAUAUAAUUAGUAAUAUUGUGCCUGUGCUGAUUCGUCUCUGAGGAUCCAAAUGAGUUCAUUGUUUGUUAUAAACUCCAUCAAGUGAGGCCCCAAAAGGUUCGGUGCUCUCAAAAAAUCGUACAGUAUUUUUGAAAACUUAAGAUAAAGCUAUUUCUAGUAGCGUCUUUUAGGGGCCAAUAUCUGUAUGGGAGCCAUAUGGGGAUUUUUUAUGGGAACUUGUGGCAUUUUUGUCCCUCAGGGUUCGUUCCCUGGAGACCUAUCAUUUACUCACUGUACAUCCAUGACUGUGAAGUCUAUCUCUAAGCUGGCGAUACUGCAUUGGUGGCUCAGUCGUGGUCUGGUGACCUAGUCCAUGACAGGCUGCAAAGUGCAGUGGAUGAAGUAUUAGAUUGGGCGGAGCGGUGGCUAAUUAAAAUGAACCAUUCGACUGUAUAAGGUGGUCAUAAGACUAGCAAUCACUUCGCAUGUGCGGCUUAGUGUUUUAUUGCCAUAACUAACAUGCGAAAUUUGCAGGACGUUGCGCACUAUCCUGACGCCCCAUGGUAUGUCUCUAACGAAACUCGUCAUAGAGACCUCGAUGUCCCUUACCUAAAGGACUACAUUAAGCAACAGGCUCAGCGGCGCUAUAGCGUAGCGGAAUCGCACACCAACCCUCUGUUGCGCCAGUCAGUGGUCUACACACAAAAGGCCGCGGUUUGCACUGCAAUCAAAAUUAAUUCGUAAACUUAGAACAACCAAAAUUGGAGCAUUUUGACAAAAUGUUUAGAAAAAAUCAAAUAUUUUUAGACCAUAUCAGAAUAUGUGAAGUGAUUUUAACAAUGCCUAAACGCUGCCCAUCCUAAAAGAUUCUCUUCUUCCCCUUUGCUCUCGUUCUUCCUUCUCUCCUUUUCUUCCCUUUUUUCCUUAAAAUUGUCUGGUUUCUGGGUUACCAGACCUGACAGACUUACAAACUGACACUGUAACUCAAGAGCUAACGUCCCACGGACUGCUCUGACAACCUACGAUGACUUGACUGGCAUUUUUGUGUUCUGUCCGCAUCAGUGACGUAGAAUAGUCACCCAUUAUAGUGGUAGUUCGUAACGAGACUGAAAAAGUUGCAUAUCUAUAACUAUAUAAAUUGCAUUCGUUAUCGUGUGAUUUCAAAUUUGUGGUACUUGAUAUCUCGGACUACCAACCAGGAAUAUUCUCACGUGGAAAACAAUUGAAUCCGACCUCAAUGCCAACUUGAAACCGUUGACCCGCCGUGCGUUGCUACCGCCAACCAAAAUGAUUCACGCAUGUACCUAUCGACCCGUGGUGCCAAUAAGAACUGUCUCUCUGUCCCGACAGAGUCGGACAAGUUCCGCGAGAUGGCAGCCGCCACGGAAUCGCCUCCUAAGGGCACGUUCCAUUUCACCGACGACCAAGAAUACCCGCCCCUUACGCAGAAUUCCGACUGAGGUCCACCUUUCGCUAUAACAUCAGCCAACGCUGAGGUACAGUUCGACGAGAUCGGACUUUCGGCCAAGGAAAGGUUACAGCUCACGUGCAUUGUGGUUCUUCUUAUCCACUUGAUAGUUUGCCUGGUCGAGGAUAUAAUUUUACAAUUAUUUAAUUUUCCUAUAUAAACUCGUUUCUGGUAGAUAUUAAGUGAAAUGAAAGUUUAUAGAUUUUAUUAUUAAAUAGAAAGUGCAAUGGACGUUAUAAUUUUGCUCAUUUCAUUGUAUUCAGUAUCGAUCACGUAUCUCACGUAUUUUUAUGCUUGGCACUAUGAAUAUAAAGUAAGCAACAAAUAUACUAGACAUAUCCGACUUUUAUUGAACAAAAUCGACCAUAUAUAUUUGAACCUUGAGCUUCCGACAGUCACGUACCAUUUGAUUGAAGUUUAAUAAUCUAAAAUAAUCAAUACAAUGACACAUUAUUUUAUUCAUGAAUUAAAAUUAAUUUUUACCCUUAGUCCCUAAUUCUUAGCAUACGACUACAGCUAACUCAAUAAAUUAAUGGUUUGAAUGCAAUUUAUAUCAGAGAUGUAGGUAUAAAGAUGUUAAAGACUGAUCUUUGUUUGACAUAAUUUUGGCUGAAACAUGAGCCAUAAAAUACAUAGUAGACAAUAGCAAAGUUUAUUGUUACCAGAGAUGGCUACGUUUUUCUAUUUACGAACUUUGACAUGACUGCACUCGAUGAUUGGUUCAUGUUAGCAGGUAACACAGGAUUUGGCUUUUGGAUUUGGAUUUGUGCCGUGCGACAGUGUCGUACAAGGUCACACAUUUUGUAAAAUAUCACGCGAUAAAUAAGUCAUACGUGUACUCUUUCUAAACACACCACCUUGUCGUACACUGUUGUCACGCGAUAUAAAUCGCGUGCAUAUACGGGCUCUUAACACAUUUUUUUGUGUAAUUGCCAGAUGUUAAAGGUUCAAUACUUACCUUUUCUAUUUGAAUAUUAGUUGUUUCAUAUUAUUAUCCUCACGGAUUUUCUUGAUUUUUGUGCGUUAUUUGUUGCUUUACUUUGUUUUCUAGAACCUCAUUUUGAAUCUUGCUUUCUCUCUCUCUAGAUAUCUGUCUGAAGGCUGUGAUAAUGAAAGAGAGAGAUCUCAUUGCUCUUAAGUUGUAAUCAAUAAAAAAUAUAUAAUUUUUAACAGAAAAAUGAUGUUCUGGUAUAGUUGAGGAACAGUUUUUACAAAACAAAGCAAAACAUUGUGAAUGAAGAUUUAAUUUAUGAAAACAUAGCCAUAGAGUUUCCUGAGGAAAACUUUAUGAGUGGAUAUGUACAUGUACAAUAUGGUCGAAGUUAGAAAAGUAAAGCAUAUGGUUAUGUAUCAUAUACUGUGAAAAUGGUAAUAUCUACACAGUGUUCCCAUUUUCAUUAUGCAUGAUAUUAAGUUCUAUAGUUACACGUUCAUAGAUCCUGUCGUUGUAGUUCUCGUAAAGUACGCACUACGUUACUGCCUACAUUUUUGGGUAAAAAUUGUUCAUUAAUUGUGCCAUGUUUAUCAUUCAUGAUAGGGUAAGUACUGUUUUGAGCUACUCUUUUCAACAACUUUAGAUAAUUUGGAUGGAGAUAUUCAGCUACGAGGUAUAGGCUAAAAAGAAAUGCUCAAAACAGCUAUUUUUUGAACAAUUCGUGCAUAUAAGUUAAAUCACUGAUCCAUUAAUCGUCUAUUAUUAAGGUUAAUAUUGCUAGAUACUCUCAUCUGCAUGCCUGUCUCAAGGUUGGAAGUGCUAGUCUCUUUGACGAAAAGCUGGAUGGAAAUAUUUUCACAAUAAAGCCUUAUUAGUAGUACAUAUUUAAGCGCUCAUUGCCUUUUUCAUAACUAAUCGUUUGAAGUUAUUAUUUAAUAUACAGAUGUGGGUAACAAUAAUCAUAUUACGGCAUAUAAUUAGCCUUUUUCGCUACGUAGAGGCUUGCACGAUAAAAUAGCGGGAAAGUACAAUAAUACCGGAAUUUGUAUAUAGUUACCUAUAUCUAUUAUGUAUUCAUAUUUUUUCAGUCAGCAUUUGUUUAUACAAAAAACAAAAAAAAAUUAUAAAAAGGAAUAUCAUAUCAUUUAAUUUGAUCUUGACGCUAUAUUUAGCUAGUUAAAUAUAUAGGUGAAUGUUUUAUGUUAAUUGGUAAGUAUGGAAUAUUAAAAAGAAUUAUAAUACAAAAAUAAUUUUAUAUUUUUACUAUUAAGGCAAAAAAUGUCUCAUUGAGAAAAGGCUGAUAAAAAAAAUAAAAACACAAAAAUAUGGCUUUCAAUGUGAAUGGACUUAUUAUUAGUAUUAAAGCAAUGUUUGCAAAAAUGAUGCAGCAAAAGUAUUUGUUAGUAUUGCAGAAGUUUAUUGGGAAGGGUUAAUGUCACAUUAGUAGGAUAAACAUAGGUCUUCACUUUCGAUAUUUUUUAGCUAGAUUUCAUGAACGAUUCAAAAUAAUAGUUUUUAAUACUUUGCAAAUGUGUCUUUAAUUCUGAUGAUAAGCUUACGUCUAGUAGAACUCUGACUUAAGUGAUGUUCAUUAUAUAUAGUUAUCAUUCAGUUUGCAACGUAUUGUUUGGGAUUUUUUAGACUCGAAACGUCGAAGUGAUAAUUAUGUUAGUCAUUAUUCGGAAAGUCAUACAAAUUAAUUUUAUUAUAGUUUUUACGAUUAUUUUUUUACGAGUAAUGUUUAUUGCGCCAAAAUAUAACGCCAAAAGUUAAUGGCUAUAUGGAGGGUAAGUUAUCACGAAAACAUACCAGAUCAUAACCUUUUCCACUCGUAGUUGUCUUAAAAAUACUGUCAAACAUUUUGAUUCGAGCAACAAACGCGUGCAGCGUUUUUGAUAGGUUUUAGUUUUCAUGCUCAACUGUGAAGAUUGUUAAUUGUAGUUUUGAGACAAAGCUUGUAUGUUUUUGUGAUGUCAGUAUAAAGUCGAUGUUAACAAAUUUUUUAUAUUAGGUAGCUUACUUAUUUAUUUAACCUUAUUUUAUGAAGGGAAGAUUUUUCAAAUUUUACAUUUAUAUAUUUUGUGAAUUCAUUUUGCGCACAUUGUGCUUUGUAAAUACUAGAUUAAGUACCUCAACAUUUUACAAUCGAGUUAAUCAUUAGAUAAAGCUGCACUUUUUGUACCAGCUAGACAUGUUUGUAUUGGAAAAUGUUACAAAAAUAUACAUAUAUGUAACAGCGAAAUUUUAUCUUUAUUUGAAACUCCAUACCCUUUGUUGUACUGAUAUUCAACCUCUUCAGUUUGCUUUUCUCAUUGAUACAUGUCCAACCGUAUGCUGAUUUGGACAUAUAUACUUG